GAGCCCCGGCCCGGCCAUGGGGGCUCUGACCAGCCGGCAAAACGCAGGGGUGGAGGAAGUGGAUAUCCCCGCUAAUUCCGUCUACAGAUACCCCCCGAAAUCCGGGAGCUACUUUGCCAACCACUUCAUCAUGGGUGGAGAGAAGUUCGACUCCACACACCCCGAGGGUUACCUCUUCGGCGAGAACAGUGACCUCAACUUCCUGGGAAACCGGCCCGUGGUGUUCCCUUACGCUGCUCCACCUCCUCAGGAACCCGUGAAGACCCUCAGGAGCUUGAUCAACAUCCGCAAGGACACCCUGCGCCUCGUCAAGUGCUCAGAGGAAGUGAAGACCCCAGGGGAAGAAGUCAGCAAAGCCAAGGUGCACUACAACGUGGAGUUCACCUUCGACACGGACGCCCGGGUGGCCAUAACCAUCUACUACCAGGCGAGCGAGGAGUUUCACAAUGGGGUGGUGAGCUACAUUCCCAGGGACAGCAGCCUGCAGUCUGAGACUGUGCACUACAAGCGGGGGGUGUGCCAGCAGUUCUGUGUCCCCUCCCACACCGUGGAUCCUUCUGAGUGGAGCGAGGAGGAGCUGGGCUUCGACCUGGACCGGGAGGUGUAUCCCAUGGUGGUGCAGGCGGUGGUGGAUGAAGGAGAGGAGCACAUUGGGCACUGCCAUGUGCUGCUGGCCACCUUUGAGAAGCACAGCGAUGGCACCUUCUGUGUGAAGCCCCUCAAGCAGAAGCAAGUGGUGGAUGGUGUGAGCUACCUUCUGCAGGAGAUCUAUGGCAUUGAGAACAAGUACAACACUCAGGAUGCCAAGGUGGCCGAGGACGAGGUGAGCGACAACAGCGCCGAGUGUGUCGUCUGCCUCUCGGAUGUCCGGGACACCCUGAUCCUGCCCUGCCGACACCUCUGCCUCUGCAACACCUGCGCCGACACCCUGCGCUACCAGGCCAACAACUGCCCCAUCUGCAGGCUGCCUUUCCGGGCCUUGCUUCAAAUCCGAGCCAUGAGGAAAAAGCUGGGACCCCUCUCACCCACCAGCUUCAACCCCAUCAUUGCCUCACAGACCUCUGACUCUGAGGAGCACUCGUCCUCAGAGAACAUCCCCCCAGGCUACGAGGUGGUGUCACUGCUGGAGGCCCUCAAUGGGCCACUGACACCUUCACCAGCCACCCUGCCACUGCGGGCACUGGGGACCCCCCCGGGUGCAGGGACCCUACCCUCCUAUGGCACUGAGGGGUCCCUGCCCCCCCUGAGGGGGCUCUCGCCCCUCGAGCGGCUCCCAGACUGCGGCCCCCCAGGGUUCAAGCUGAAGAAGAGCAUCUCCAAGUCCAUCUCGCAGAACUCCUCCAUCCUGCCCGAAGAGGAGGAUGAGAAGUCGUGCACAGAGUCAGAGCUGAGGGUGUCCAGGAGGAGAUCCCCUGCCCGGCACCAGGAGGAAUGUGGUGCAACACCAGAGAGUGAAAACCUCACCCUGUCCUCCUCAGGAGCCAUUGACCAGUCCUCGUGCACUGGGACCCCCCUCUCCUCCACCAUCUCAUCCCCAGAAGAGCCUGUCAGCAGCAGCCUGGCUCAGUCCGUCAUGUCCAUGGCCUCCUCCCAGAGCCAGCACUCCCAGCUCAGCACCGACACAGUGUCCUCCAUGUCUGGCUCCUACAUUGCUCCUGGCACAGAGGAGGAGGAGGAGGAGGAGGAAGGGGACAUGGUCCCCUCGCACGCAGCUGCCAGUGCCACAGCCUCUGAUGGAGAGUCAACACCUGUGGAGUCCCCAGAUCUAAACUUUGUCAGCAUCUCGGCUGAGGAACGUGAUGCUGAGGGCAAUGAUGUGCUGGAGGAUGAGGAGGCCUCUCCCACGCAGGAAGACGGCCCGAGGACAGGCGGGUUCCUCGGUCUGAGGUGUGACAAUAACAAUGACUUGGGCAUCGCACACGUGAGAGCGCUGGACAAUAAGCUGUGCUCUGAGGCCUGCUUACCUGCCGCCGUGCCGGACUCCUGCCCCAUUAACAUUGAGGAAUAGACCUGGAGGCAGCCAACAACAACGUGCAGCUCCUGUGGCAGGCACCCCGGCCCUGAUGUCCCCCUGGCACCCAAGAUCUGGAGCAGGCAGCGGCCACCCUGCCCUGUGAGGGCUCAGCCUGGCUGGGGACACACACUCCCUGCCCACCCGGAGGAACCCUGGUGUCUGAGCACCACAGACAUUGCCACUUCCAUCCCUUGGCUGUCACGGGACUGAUUUUGGAAAGAAAAGAUGGUAAACUUGACUUUUCCUCCCCAACACCCCUCUGCAGAGGGGGGGAAGGGGGGAAGAGCCACAUCACUUUGGAGCUCCCCAUCAGUCACUUCCUAUCCCCCAGCCCCGAUGGGGACAGCCUGGGGUCCCCUCAUGCCCCUGCCUAUCU